AUGCCCCCCGAGGGGCUCCAUCAGCACUGUGAGAGCUGUUUCAGCCUGCACUGCCAUGUCCCCUCUGUCUCCUGCCUGGUCAUUACGUGCCGUCUGCAUUGUGGCGCUGCCUUCCAUACGUGUAAGGAGAAGGAGCACCAGUUACUGUGUCCCAAUGAGAUGGUCCCCUGCCUCAACGUUGACUACGGCUGUCCCAUCACCAUGCUCCGCCACAGGCUAGCCGAGCACCUGGAGGUCUGCCCCGCCAGCACCGUCAUCUGCUCCCAGCAAUGGAUCCGCUUCCCAGUGUCAGACACAGAGACCACCCUGGCUGACCCUGAGAAGCAGCUGAACGUGUCCAUGGCCCUGAGAGACCAGGAGCUCCUCUUCAGAUGCCUCAAGAUGAAGACCGUCUUCCCUGAGCUGAUGGUGAAGGUGGAAGAAGAACCUGCUCAGAAAGAGAUAGAUAUAGGGGUCACCAGCUCUGCAGGUGAAGGUCGUAGUUCAUUAGACCCCAGUGAAGCAAUGGAGGAUGGCGAUAAUGGUCAUGGAGAUAGUUUGGAGCUCGAGCUGGAGCUGCAGAAGGAACUGAGUCAGGAGGAAAGGGAGGCCUUGGCCAAGAACAAGGACGUGGCUACUCUCCAGAACUACAGCUCCAACAAGGCCAUGUUCAGAAAGGAGAUGAAAGGAUGCGAACAAACCAUUAAAAACACGGAAAAUAAGCUGAAUCCCAGUGAAGAAGAGAAAGCAAAUGGUCAUAGAGAGACAGAAGGAACACCCAGCUUAUCAAAUGGUCAUAGAGAGAUGGAUGGGGAUGGAUCAUCCAAGGAGUGCCAGGAGAAUGGAGCCACCGCAAGUGCUGUGGAUGUCACCAGGUCUGGCCUUGCACCGUGGCAGGACGGGGUCAUGGAGAGACUGCGUAGAGAGGUCACCACUGCAGACUACAACAUGUAUCUGGUCCACCAUGGAGCUAUGCUGAUCAACUUUGGUCAGCUUGAUGCCUGCACCCCGAGGGACAAGGACUUUGUUUACGGAAAGCUGGAGCCCAUCGAGGUUCAAACUGUCAGAACGUUCAACGUUCCCUCGAGCUACCGGCCGAAACGGAUUCACAUGAACGACCCUUGGUCACCGAUGGUCAACCAAAGUGUUGACACGUCAGAUCUAGGCGUGUCCGUAGAAGAUCUUCCGAAGUGUGAUGAAGUCAAUGCAACUUUGUUGUGCUUCUUGGAGAAAGAGCUAAAGGGCCACAACAUCUCAGAGGGUGGAGGAGCAGACGGCCUCUAUGUAGACGUCGGAACACAGACUUACAACUUUCCAUCUGCGCCGUUCAAACCUGAAGCCUCGCUGGCGGACAUCAUCACAGACCAACACAAAGGCCUCUAUGUCCAGAUCCAAACUGAGGACAUCACCAGAAGACACAACUUUACCAACUCUGCCUUUAGUUACCUCUGUGGCCACGUCUUCCGCCGCGACGAGUACCACACUCACUUCGAGAACGUGCACUUGGACAUCCAGUCCUGCCUGAACGGCUGGUUCGAGCAGCGCUGCCCUCUAGCGUACCUGGGCUGCAACUACAGCCAGAGGAGGUUCCAUCCAGCAGGUCAGAGAGCCACGGUCAUCUACCGCCAGGAUCUCAGCACCUUAACCCUUAAACCAGAUGGCCACUUGAUACUGUCCGACUCUGAGAAGACCAUCACCUCUGACAGGAAGCAUCCCCGUAAGCUAGACCCGUUGAGCAGACUUCCCUUUGAGAUCCUCCAGCACCUGGCAGGGUUCCUGGACAGCUUUAGCCUGUCCCAGCUGUCCCAGGUGUCCCAGCUGAUGAGGGAGGUGUGUGUCACACUGCUAAAGGAGAGGGGGAUGGUCUAUCUGAAAUGGGAGAAGAAGACCUACUCCCAUGGAGGGUCUUCAUGGAAAUGCAGAAAAAAGGUGUGGGAGUUUAGCAGUCUGUUUUCCAAGGUGGACAGGUGGUGCUUUGACGAUGUCCCCUCCAUGUCUGAGCACCUGAAGGUCUGCCCUUUCUACCAGAGAGAGGAGCUCAGUCAGCCUGUAGAGCUAGCCGGUAUGGAGGGGUCCAGAGAGAGACCCCAGCGCCAGAGUCUACUGGACCUGCUCCAGGACCCAUAA